GACUUCCCGCCACGACCCUGUGUGCCCAUUGCACAUCGUUUUGCAGCCUAUAAAUUGGACCAUCGGGCUGUGUUCCCUGGCUCCCGGCUUUGCACACUUUCUUAGCCAUGACGGAUGGUCAUCUCUUUAACAACAUCGCUCUCGGUGGCCGUGGAGGAACUAAUCCAGGGCAGAUGAAAAUAUAUUCUGGAGGGAUUUUAUGGAAAAGACAGGGUGGCGGUAAAGCAAUUGAGGUUGAUAAAGCUGACAUAAUGGGAGUGACUUGGAUGAAGGUCCCAAGAACUAAUCAGCUUGGUGUUCGAAUCAAAGAUGGAUUGUUCUACAAGUUCACUGGGUUCCGUGACCAGGAUGUGGCAAGUUUGACUAGCUUUUUCCAAAAUACAUGUGGGAUUACACCAGAGGAAAAGCAGCUUUCUGUUAGUGGGCGUAACUGGGGAGAAGUUGAUCUAAAUGGAAAUAUGCUGACUUUCAUGGUUGGCUCAAAGCAAGCUUUUGAGGUAUCUUUAGCAGAUGUCUCUCAAACACAGCUUCAAGGGAAAAAUGAUGUGAUCUUGGAGUUUCAUGUGGAUGACACGACUGGGGCUAAUGAGAAAGAUUCUUUGAUGGAGAUAAGUUUUCACAUACCAAAUUCCAACACCCAAUUUGUUGGUGAUGAAAAUCGUCCUCCUGCUCAGGUUUUCCGUGAUAAAAUCAUGUCUAUGGCGGACGUCGGUGCUGGAGGUGAAGAUGCUGUUGUUACGUUUGAGGGUAUUGCUAUUCUAACACCAAGGGGGCGGUACAGUGUUGAACUACAUCUGUCAUUCUUGCGGCUUCAAGGACAAGCUAAUGAUUUCAAAAUCCAGUAUAGCAGUGUUGUUCGCCUAUUUUUACUUCCCAAGUCAAAUCAGCCACACACCUUUGUUGUUAUUAGUCUUGAUCCGCCAAUUCGUAAAGGACAAACUUUGUACCCACACAUUGUGAUGCAGUUUGAAACUGAUUACGUAGUUCAAAGCACGUUGUCAAUGGGUGAAGAUCUUUACAACAGUAAGUACAAGGACAAGUUGGAGCUUUCAUAUAAGGGGCUCAUCCAUGAAGUUUUCACAACAAUAUUGCGUGGUUUGUCUGGUGCCAAAGUUACCAAGCCAGGAAAAUUCAGGAGCUGUCAAGAUGGUUAUGCUGUGAAAUCGUCUUUGAAAGCUGAAGAUGGAAUUUUGUAUCCCCUUGAGAAGAGCUUCUUCUUUUUACCUAAACCUCCUACCCUCAUUCUUCAUGAAGAGAUUGACUAUGUGGAAUUUGAGAGGCAUACUGCUGGGGGUUCAAAUAUGCAUUAUUUUGACCUUCUUAUCAGACUAAAAACUGAGCAGGAGCAUCUAUUCCGUAAUAUUCAGAGAAAUGAAUACCACAAUCUUUUUGACUUUAUCAGUUCAAAAGGCUUGAAAAUUAUGAACCUUGGAGGUGUCCAAGCUACUGAUGGUGUCGCCGCUGUUCUUCAAGAAGAUGAUGAUGAUGCUGUUGAUCCACAUCUUGAGCGCAUAAAAAAUGCAGCUGGUGGAGAUGAGAGUGAUGAAGAGGAUGAGGAUUUUGUUGCCGAUGAGGAUGAUAGUGGUUCUCCGACUGAUGAUUCUGGAGAAGACGAGUCUGAUGCAAGUGAAGGUGGUGGGAAAGAGAAGCCCGCCAAAAAGGAAUCAAAGAAGGAACUGUCUUCUAAGGCAUCUACUUCAAAGAAGAAACCUAAAGAUGGAGACGAAGAUGGGAAAAAGAAAAAACAGAAGAAGAAAAAGGAUCCUAAUGCGCCAAAGAGGGCAUUGUCUGGUUUCAUGUUCUUCUCCCAAAUGGAGAGAGAGAAUCUGAAGAAAAGUAAUCCUGGAAUUUCAUUUACGGAUGUGGGAAGAGUACUUGGAGAGAAAUGGAAGAAGAAGAUCAGGUACGCGGACGAGAAGGAACCGUAUGAAGCAAAAGCUCGUGCAGAUAAAAAACGUUACAAGGAUGAGAUCAGUGGGUACAAGAAUCCGCAACCUAUGAACGUAGACUCAGGAAACGAAUCUGAUAGUACUUGAUGUGAUUGUAAGUGCAAUGUGAAGGCAUUCCUGUCGGUUCUUGUUGGAGUGCUCACUUGGGAGGUCUAAGUUUUUAGCGAUCAUUUGUAUCAUUAAAUCGUAUCCUCCGCGCUUCACAGCAAUAUCAACCAUUUACAUUUUUUGUUGGUUGGUGUGCACUAGCCCGGCUAAUUCAAUGCGGCUCGCGCAGAUUGGCUCGGGCGAAAAGGAGGCAAGUUACCCACAAAAAGAGAGGUCGGAUCGAGUUUGCGUA